UUGUGGCGAGCAUCGACGAUAUCGAUUGGCCUCUUCCACGGGUUCGAGAUUGUUUGGAAGGUUUCAUAUACCUUCUGGCCCUUCUCACGAGUUCGGAUUUGUUUGAUCGAUUCCGCAAGUAUCCUUUAUUUUCGUGUUAUUGAAGAAAGAAGAAAAUCCCAAAAGAGUUCGACGUUGUGCAAUUCUGAAUUUUGG